UAUUGCGGGGAAAUAGAAAGAAGAAAAGUCAUAAUAAGGCAUAGGAAUCAGGUAUGGCAGCGCGUGGCGACCAAUUAGAUGCGCCGGCUCCAGAGGAAGCCAUGGUUGCCGAACCUAAACCAAUUUCCAACAUCGUCAUCGUCAUUGCUAUGCAGACGGAAGCGCUUCCCGUUGUCAAUAAGUUUCAGCUCACCGAAGACCCUCACUCUCCGUUUCCGCAAGGGGUUCCAUGGGUUCGUUAUCACGGGACAUACAAAGAUCUCAAUAUAAACUUGAUUUGGCCUGGAAAAGAUCCAGCUUUGGGGGUUGAUAGUGUGGGCACGCUAUCAUCUGCUCUUGUAACAUAUGCUGCUAUUCAAGCAUUGCAGCCAGACUUGAUCAUAAAUGCAGGCACUGCUGGUGGCUUCAAGGCCAAAGGAGCUAGUGUUGGUGAUAUUUUCAUUGUAUCAGAUUGUGCUUUUCACGACAGAAGAAUACCCAUACCUGUUUUUGAUAUGUAUGGAGUUGGUUUACGUAAAGCCUUUGAAACCCCCAACCUUGCAAAGGAACUUAAUCUAAAGGUAGCUAAAUUGUCUACUGGUGACUCUUUAGACAUGACAGAGCAAGAUGAAUCAUCAAUCAUUGCAAAUGAUGCCACAGUUAAAGAUAUGGAGGGAGCAGCUGUUGCUUAUGUUGCUGACCUUCUGAAAGUUCCUGCAAUUUUUAUAAAAGCUGUGACUGAUAUAGUUGAUGGUGACAAACCAACUGCAGAAGAAUUCCUGCAGAAUUUGGCAGCUGUAACUGCUGCACUUGAUCUGGCUGUUGAACAAGUUAUUAAUUUUAUUAACGGAAAGCACGUAUCUGAACUUUGAUAGCCCAUUUCGUAUUUUUGUUUUAUGAAAAUGUUGUACGGUGGACUCCAAUUGUGCACUGCCAUAAUUGAUCGGGAAUUUGUGAGGUUUAAGCAAAUAUAGAAACUUGUAAACUGAGAAGGAUAUUGCAGCCCUCACUUACCCUAUUAUAUCCCGUGCUGGCCUUGCAGACUGUACAAGUUAACUGGCCAAGAUUGUGGCAUUCAUUGUAAACAUGUACUAUGACAUCCUCCAGUGAACUGCAUAAAGCAAUAUGGUUAAUUACUGUCUAAGGUUUUCUUCAUGAUAAUGAAAUGAUGUUGAGU